AUGUUCGCAAGCAGUGAAUCGGCAAAGAAGAAGCAAGAAGACCAAUUAAUAGCAAUCGUUUCUGAAGAAGAAUAUGAUCUGAGAGAUGCAACGGAAGAAACAGAAUUUGAAGAGAGAUACGUCGCAUUGAAAACGUCAUUGUUGCGCGUUCUAGAGAAAACGAAACCAUUACAAGCCGCAUCUAGCAGCGGAAAUCAGGGUGACAACAACGUGCUAGCGCAAAUCUUGGAGGAGCAAACGAUUCUCAUUCAGCGGCUGUUGAAGCGAUCAAAUGAGAAUAGUGGCAGUGAUAUCAUCGCAAGAAUAUUAGAACAACAAGGUCAGAUGUUGGAGCGUAUGAGUACACAUUCGGGUGCGCCGCGAGAAUCACAGGUGAAGCUGCCGACGAUCAAGCUGCCAACGUUCAGUGGAAACAUCGAGGAUUGGAAAAGGUAUGCUGACACAUUUAAAACAUUAAUACAUGAUAGCGAUUUAUCCGGUGUGCAGAAGCAUCAAUAUUUCGUGGGAUCAUUGAGCGGUCCGGCGGCAAGGAUAAUCGAAUCGAUAGAAAUUUCGGAGCAAAAUUAUAUUAUCGCUUGGGAGCUGUUGAGAAAGCGAUACGAGGACGACAGAGCCAUCCGUAAGCGACACAUUCAAUGUCUUUUCGAGCUGCCGCGGAAACAUCUACGAGUUUUGCAUUCCAUGGAGCUGCCUACGGAGUCAUGGGGAGAGCUGAUUGUGUAUCUGAUCGAGAAGAGUUUGGACAGCGCCACAAGAAAGCGUUGGGAGGAACACGCCGAGACAUUGGAAACAAUAAUGACCAAUGCUGCGGUGGAUUUUUGCAACGCCGAUGUCAAGUAUUGGAGCGAGCAGCUCUGA